AUGAGGUUUUUUCUGCUUCUUCUGAUCCUUGAAGCCAGCGUGGCACAAACUGAUCCACCGCCCGAAAAAUGCUUCAAUGAAGCUAUUCCAAAAUACGUAACAUGCAGACCAGUACAUGGAAGACCAGCAGCCUGUAACUGCAGAAACAUAGACCCAUGUUAUAUCAAGUUAAUCAUCACUCGAAAAAGAAAGAUUGAUCCCACUGAAGCUAAUAACUACACCUAUUUUGUAAACGGUACGUUUCAAGGUCCAACAAUUAUCGCAGAGGAAAAAGGAAUUGUUGUCGUUGAUGUUUUUAAUGAUAUGGAUGAAGACACUUCUAUGCACUUUCACGGGAUGCAUCAGCACAAUGUUCCCUGGAUCGAUGGUGUGGGAAAUAUUACCCAGUACCCAAUACCAGCCAAUGGAAAGUUCAGGUAUAUCUUCCGAGCAUUUCCUCAAGGCACACAUUGGUACCAUUCUCAUAUGAGAUAUCAAAGAGAUGCAGGAUUGUUUGGUGCUCUGGUAGUACACGAAUCGCAAGGCGAUAUUCACGAAAGAUUGGGACCGUUCGUCGAUGAGCCUGAGAAGUAUCUGUUGACGUUGCUCGAGAGUUUGAAAAAUGUUCAGCCAAGUGGGAAACCUGACCCAUUUUGUUUACCUGAUGGAUCUAAACUACCCAUACAAUAUGACAGGGUGUCAUUCUUUUUAAAUGGUAAAGAAAUUGCAAAAGACAUCCUAGGACGUCGUGCUAAUGAAAGUCAUUCAGAAUAUUUCGUUGUUCCCGGACAGAAGUAUCGCUUUCGUGUUCUCGGCGCAACUAAGUCGAACAUUUUGGUCAUUUCUAUCGAUUAUCACAAAUUGCACGUUAUCGCAACUGACGGUUACCUUGUGAACAAAUUUACAACCGAUUUUCUUAUAGUGCACGUUGGAGAAAGAAGGGAUAUUCCUAGUUCUAGUAACAUCUCACAAUUGUCAUUCUUUAACUUUGAAGUCAUUUGGCCAAAAGCUUUGAUAAACGGCGUGCAGUUUUAUUUGCCUGAUAUCCCUCUUGUCGAAAACACAGGAACUAAACAAGAAUGCAUAUAUCCGGUGGAUUGUAAAGAACCUGGAUCGAAAUAUUGCACACAUACGGUCUAUUUAAAUAAUUUUGGCACCACCACAAGAUUUGUUCUCUCUUCAAUAAUAACUCAGGGGAAACAAGAUCCUGUGGACAUUACACACCCAAUCCACAUGCAUGGACACACGUAUUUCAUCGCAAAGAUUGCAUAUCCUGACUACUACGACAACGGCACGAUCAAGGCUCCAAACGAGGAUCUUACCGUGCCGAAAUGUGGUCCAGCAAGUUGGAGAGGAAGCACACCUGGGGGAAUUACUGUCGACAGAACUACCGUCCGAAAAGAUGUGAUCAUUGUACCCGCUGGGGGGUAUGUAGUUUUGGAGUUCCUUGCAGAUAAUCCAGGAUAUUGGUUCAUGCAUUGUCAUAUCGACCAACAUCUCAAUCGGGGAAUGGCAUUAGCCAUCGGUGAAGCUCCCUCAUGUGCCAGCAGCCCUCCCACACCACUUUUGAAUGAAACUGACGAGUUCUGUUUCAGCGUUGAUACGUUUAAAGCAAAAGAAAGAGAAGCAAAUGGAAAAUGUCGACGUGCUAUUGCAGCUCCUUCACUCGGCCGUAUUCCAACCAUCAGCGCAGUAUCAUUCUUCGCUCAGUUGUUCGGUUUUACUACAGCUUUGUUAUUUCUUCGUUUGAUUUAA